AUGCUUGGAUUGGUUUUCAGAAGGAGGUUGGCAACUUCUGCUUCAGCAGAAAAGGCAGCUUCUGUUGCUAAGAAUUCACAGUUUAACGUUUUCGACCGUAAAAAUAAACUUAUUCAACGAUCAAAGACACCUGCUUUGGAUCCGGUAAAGUCCCGUAAGGUUGAAUAUUUAAGGGAUGAAGUUGCAACGAGAACUAUUGAAAGAUUGGCCUUCAUUACUAGAGAUUUCACCAAGGUGCUUGACUUUGGUUCGCAUUCUGGGAACUUUGCUAAAAACUUGUGUGAAGAAACACCACUCGGAGAGAAUCCAAAUGAGGAAGAAUUACAUUUCACCACACAGUUGAAUAAUGAUAGAGUUACCAUCAGAAAUAAAAUAAAGGAAUUAGUGAUGCUUGAUUCUUCUAAGGAAGUGUUGGACCGUGAUUUAAAUGAACCAUUUAAUGAAAUAUUUCCUGGUAAGAUCACUAGAGUGGUUGCAGAUGAAGAGGCAUUUGACCAUGAAUGCUUAAAGGAAUCUGAUCAAUACGAUGCCGUGGUGUCUAACUUAUCAUUGCACUGGAUCAAUGAUUUGCCUCAAGCUUUGGCUAAUAUUAACCGUGUAUUGAAACCAGACGGGCUCUUCAUGGGCUCAAUCAUUGGUGGUGACACCUUGUAUGAAUUAAGAACUUCAUUGCAAUUGGCAGAAUUGGAAAGAAAGGGAGGAAUGUCUCCACGAGUAUCUCCUCUUGUUCAUUUGAAUGAUGUCGGAUCCCUUUUGAAUCGUGCAGGUUUCAGUAUGCUUACCAUCGAUUCCGAAGAUAUUGUCGUGGGUGGAUUCCCAGACAUCGUAUCACUCUGUGAGGAUUUACAACUGAUGGGUGAACAAAACUCCGUGUUAUCCCGUGCCAACUUCCUUCCUAAGGACGUUUUACUUGCAGCUAAUGAAAUCUACAAAUCUAUGCAUGGAGAGGAAGGUCCAGACGGUGUUGUAACUUUGCCUGCUACAUUCAGCGUUAUUUUUGUCAUUGGAUGGAAGAAGAGUGAAACUCAACCACAACCUUUGAAGAGAGGAACUGGCCAAGUCAGUCUUAAAGAUGUUUUAUAG